UAAAAGAGUUACAAAAAAAAAGAAAAGGGUGAUGAAAGGAACAAUGAAAUAUCUUGCAGGAAUUGCAGGUCCAAGUGGGCAUGGCUCCAAAUCCACAGCUGAACAAGUAACAGAGGAUCAUUCUCUAUCUUAUGCCCACAAUCAUCAUCAUCAUCUCACUGCCAUUGUCACUGGUGCUACAUCGGGGAUCGGAGCAGAGACGGCAAGAGUUCUGGCGAAGAGAGGAGUGAGGGUGGUAAUUCCUGCGAGAAACAUGAACAAGGCAAUACAAGUGAAGGAGAGAAUUCUAAAGGAAUGUCCAGAUGCUCAGAUUUUGCUUAUGGAGAUUGAUCUUAGCUCUUUGGCUUCUGUUCACAGAUUUUGUUUUCAUUUCCUCUCUUUAAAUUUACCACUUAAUAUACUCAUAAAUAAUGCUGGGAAGUUUUCACAGAAAUUGGAGCUGUCAGAAGACAAAAUUGAGAUGACUAUUGCCACAAAUUACUUGGGUCAUUUUGUAUUAACAGAGUUACUUCUAGAGAAAAUGGUGGAGACAGCAGAGAAAACAGGAAGAGAAGGAAGGAUUAUCAAUGUUUCUUCAGUGAUUCACAAUUGGGUGCUCACCAGUAAUAACUCUUUUUCAUUGUCCAAAAUGCUCAACCCACAAAACUAUAAUGCCACUCGAGCUUACUCACAAUCCAAGUUAUGUAACAUUUUGCACGCCAAGGAAUUGUCGAGGCAGCUUAAGGAAAGGAAUGCGAGAGUAACAAUGAAUGCAGUCCACCCAGGGAUAGUGAAAACUGGAAUAAUUAGGGACCACAAAGGCUUCAUUACAGAUUCUCUGUAUUUCCUUGCAUCAAAGGUUCUCAAGUCCACAGCACAGGGUGCAUCAACUAGUUGUUAUGUGGCUCUGAGCAAGAAGACACAAGGGAUUAGUGGAAAGUACUUUGCAGACUGCAACGAAACCAAAUGUUCGAGACUUGCAAAUGAUCAACUUCUCGCCAAAACCCUAUGGAACCAGACUCGUCGAGCACUCAUUCAAAGACGCAGCAACCUCUUUAAUUAAUCAAUUUGUUCAUUCAUUCUCAAUUCUUUCUUCUCUUGUAAUUAAUUAAUUAACUCAAACUCAGUACUCCCAUAUAUAUUACUCACUCAUACUAGAUACAUGCAUCAAGAUAUAUAAGAAAUCUCA